AUGACUGGCUUAAAGAUUUCAGAUUUAGUGCAUAGAACUUUGGUUAUUACAUAUAGUUUCAUUGGAUCAGGUAUAGCAUUUAGACAAAAAAUUGCAAAAAGAAAAGAAUCAACAAAACAAAUGGAAUUGAAACAAUCAUCUGAACAAUUUAAUCAAGAUGCAUUAUUAUCAGAAAACUCUUCAACUACAUAA